AGAAACUGAAGAGUGCGUUCAUAGUAACAAUAUGGCGCUUGUCAGUCGCACACAAGAUCCAGUUUUGUCGAAUAGCUUAUUUAUUACGAAAAAUCUUCCAUCAUUAGAAUUUGAGAAUGCUUUAUCAGAAGAUGAAAAGCAAUUAUUACAUUUGCGGAACAACAGUCAUGCUAUUUUAGUAACGCAAUGCGCAUUGGCUACUGCCAUUGUAAAUAUACUCAAUGCUGCUAAAAGAUACAUAUCAGAACAUUUGAUGUCACAAAAAGAUUUAGAGACAGACAAAAGAAACAGUAUAACUGGAAAUGGUCCUAAUGUUGGUAUAAUUGGAUGUGGUCAACUGGGAAGUCAGAUAUCUAACUGUCUACUAACCAUUGGUCAAGUAGAGGCAAAAAACUUACAUAUUUCCACAAGAAGGCCUGAAUCAUUAGAUCAUUUGUCUCAAAAAGGUGUUCAGUGUUACUAUGACAACAAAAGACUAAUAUCCUCAGUGGAUGUUGUCAUCCUGUGUGUUCUGCCUUCCCAGGUCUCGGUAGUGGCACAGGAAAUUAAAGAUGCCAUCUCUCCAUCGCUGGUUAUUUUGUGUCCGUUCAGCAGUUUCUCACUUCACAGGCUUCACAAGAUAUUAGGGUCAGACAAUUUAAUUCCAUUUGGCAUCCAACGUUCAGAUGUGGCAGUGAAUUCAAAUUACAAUUACAAUGUUGGCGUGGUUAAAGCUUUAGAGAGUAGAAAUAUUGUUCUAGGGACAUGUCCUAUAGGCGUUGUCAAAGAAGGGUCAAUGGUGCACACUGAUGAACGAGUGGCUGAGAGUUUAAUUUUAGCUGUAGCCAAUGUAUGCACUGUCCAUGGCUGCUCCAUUGACCAAACAUUAGAUAUUAUUUCAAAAUCUGUGUUUGGCGAAAAUGAAAAGAACAAGGCACAAAACACAAAUCUUUUGACCAGUAAAGAGUUUGGAUUUAACCCUACAAUGGGUUCACACUCAAGGGCCUUCCCACAUUUUAAUUUGGUGGACAGUUACAGUAAAGGGACACUGCUACAGAAACAUUUGCAAACCAAUCAGGCCAUACAGAAGAGUUUUGCCACAAGAUACUGUCACAUUUUUGAUGAUUAUAUUUACAAACGUACUUUUGGACAUUUGCAGUAAGAAAACAAGUUUCAUGUGAACUUUGUACUGGGUUAGAGCAAGUUUCACUACAGAAGAUUAUUUAUGUAUUACUUUCUGUUACUGUACUGAGAGUUUCACUACAGAAGAUGAUUUAUUUAUUACUUUCUGUUUUUGUUGGAUUUUCAGUUGUAUGUAUGUAACUACUCUCAAUAACUCUUAUUUCACUGGGAUUUUGACUGGCACAUUUUAGAAGGAAACAUUUUUUUUUUAAGUCAUACUUAACAAGACUAGAAUUGAAAAAAAAAAUUAUAAAUUUAAGACUAAGACUAAGACUGCUUUAUUGAUCCUUACGGAAAUUGUGAUUACAAGGACUCGUUUCUCAUAUAAAGACAACACAAUAGAAAAAUACACAUAAAUACAACAGACAACAUAAAGAGUUCAUUCAGCAACUACACACAGGUAUCUUGGUGCAUUUCAUGUUCCCUGAUCAAUGAGUGGUGGUGAUAGAGUCUGACCGAGUGAGGUACGAACAAGUUUUGUACCGCUCCGUUCUUAUUUUGAUUGACAGCAGUCGCCCACUUCGCGACGACCUGGCGUAGUUCUGAUGGAGCGGGUGGCCGUUGUCUUCCAAGAUUUUUUUGAUUUUUCUUAGGCACGUUUGUUCAAAAAGUUCCUUUAAAUGUGGUAAUGUUGUGAGUGUAAUUUUUGAUGCUUUUUUAAUGAUGUUUUCUAGACGUCGCAAUAGUUUAGAUGAGGCGUUGCCUUGCCAACAACUUAUUCCGUAUGUUAGCAGAUUUUGUACAAUCGUGCCGUAAAAUGUCUCAAGGAUCUUCUUGUUUAGUUUAAAACUAUUGAGUUUGUAUAGAAAAAAAGAGUCGCUGGGCUGUUUUCUUUGUCAGAGUUCCAAGGUGGUCUUCCCAUGAAAGCUUGUUGUUGAUGAUAACGCCUAGAUGCCUUUACUUGUUCUAUAGAUGUGUUUUUUCUUACUAAAAUCUAUUAUAAGUUCUUUAGUUUUUGUUACAUUCAGUUCUAGAAAGUUGUCGGUGCACCAGCUUGUAAACUCUUCUAUCAAGCUUGGAUACUGAGUUUCGUCUCCUAAAAUAAGACCGACUAUUGCAGUAUCAUCAGCGUAUUUAAUGAGUUUAACUGAGUCAUAGAUGCUUCUUAUGUCAUUAGUGUAAAGAGUGUAUAGUACAGGAGAAAGUACACAACCUUGUGGAGCACCCAUACAUAGUACUCGAGUUGACGAUUUGGUGUUGUUGACUUUAACUUACUGGGGCCGUUGGGUUAAAAAGUUUAGAACCCAUGCUUGUAAGUAAGAGCUUACAUUUAAGUUACUCAGUUUGUUUAUCAUUAGAUGUGGCUGUAUGGUAUUGAAAGCCGAGGAGAAAUCUACGAAGAGGACUUGUGCAUAUGUUUUGGGUAUAUCGAGAUGCUUAUAAAGCUGGUCCAAAAGCAAUAGAAUGGCAUCCUCAGUUCUUCUAGCUGCUUUGUAUGCAAAUUGGUGAGGGUCUAGGCUGACUUUUGCUACAAGUUGUUUAAGCAUAUAUUUUUCAAAACAUUUCAUAACAAUAGGUGUUAGUGCUACUGGACAGAAAUCAUUUAAGCAAUCUAUUUUUGUGUUUUUUUGUGUCUCAAUUUAUGUCUCAAUAAGUACAAAUAAAUUAUUGAAUUUUAUUGUCAACUAGAAAGGAAAAAAAACAAGUCAAAUUCAUGUACAUUUUUAUUUGUAGUUUUACUUGUAUUGAUGUUAUUAGUUUUAAUUUCCUUUGGACUUACCUUAUAAUGUAAUAUGUGCCAGAGCAAUAUGAGUAUAAGAUUCUAGUAUUUUGCACAGUAAGUACUAAAUUAAGAGUUGCAGUGUGAAAAAUAAACUGUGUUCUAUUUUUA